GCCAUGUUAAAGUUUAGUGAAGACUGGACGUGAUUCUCUGACGCCCUGUGUUUCUGCGUUCGUUUACGACAGUUUUAUAAUAUCGGCGUUUUUAAAACAAUCCGAUCCCAGGGAUCGGGCUUCGGAUGAUGAAUACCAGUCUGGACUUGUCUCGGCGGAACCCGCAAGAAGAUUUUGAGCUCAUUCAGAGAAUCGGGAGUGGAACGUAUGGAGAUGUGUACAAGGCUCGAAAUGUCAGCACAGGAGAGCUGGCCGCCAUUAAAGUCAUCAAGCUGGAGCCAGGCGAGGACUUUGCCGUGGUGCAGCAGGAGAUUAUCAUGAUGAAGGACUGCAAGCACUCCAACAUCGUGGCCUACUUCGGCAGCUAUCUCAGGAGGGAAAAAUUAUGGAUCUGCAUGGAGCAUUGUGGAGGAGGAUCCCUACAGGAUAUUUACCAUGUGACGGGGCCCUUGUUAGAAUCCCAAAUUGCGUACGUGUGUCGGGAAACCCUACAGGGGUUGUACUAUCUCCACAACAAGGGCAAAAUGCACAGGGACAUAAAGGGAGCAAAUAUCUUGUUAACAGACAAUGGAUAUGUGAAACUAGCUGACUUUGGGGUCUCGGCCCAGAUCUCGGCCACCCUGGCCAAGAGGAAGUCCUUCAUCGGCACGCCCUACUGGAUGGCUCCAGAGGUGGCUGCGGUGGAGAGGAAAGGGGGGUAUAAUCAGCUGUGUGAUAUCUGGGCCGUGGGGAUCACCGCCAUCGAACUGGCUGAGCUGCAGCCUCCCAUGUUCGAGCUGCACCCGAUGAGGGCUCUGUUCCUGAUGAGUAAGAGCAAUUUUGUACCACCCAAACUGAAGGAUAAAGUGAAAUGGACCAAUAACUUCCACCACUUUGUCAAAGUGGCCCUCACUAAAAACCCCAAGAAGCGUCCCACGGCGGAUAAAAUACUGCAGCACCCGUUCGUUUCCCAGCCUCUGAGCCGCACACUGGCCAUCGAGCUCCUGGACAAGGCCAGCAACCCAGACCACACUCCCUACAGCGACCAGGAGGACGAUGACCCCGAGCCAGAGUCGCCUGUGUCGGUCCCCCAUCGGAUUCGCUCAACCAGCCGCAGCACUCGGGAGGGGAAAACGCUGUCAGAGAUCAACUUCGAUCAGGUGAAGUUUGACCCCCCCAUGAGAAAGGAGACGGAGCCCCAUCAUGAACCGGAUCUGGAGUACAACCAAGAUUCCCCAAGCCUGCUUGGUGGAAACAAGAGUCUGUUGAAGUCGGUGGAGGAGGAGUUACAGCAGAGGGGUCAUGUUACACACUUAGAGACUGGGGAGGAUGAUGAUGGUGAUGGUGAUGAUGAUGAGGAAGCCCCGCACACUACAAACACUACAAUAAAGAGACCCAAAGUGCCCCCGCCACUGCCCCCUAAGCCCAAGUCCCUGUGUGCAACUCCGAAUCAUAACGGGCCGAUCGACGAGGAGGGCGGCAACGACGGCACCAUCAAGCGCUGCCCGCCGACGUCCCCCUGCCCCACGCCCCCCUCUCGGCCCGCGCCCUGCGUGCCCCCCAGACCCCCGCCUCCGCGCCUGCCCCCGCACCGCCGCAGCAGCCUAGGUAAUGGAGUCAGCCCCUCCCAACAACAGAACGGAGAGAAAGAGAGACAGUCCACCCUGCCUACUAUUCCCCUCAGGAGAGAAAAGAAGGACGUUCCGAAACCCAUCUGCAAUGGCUUGCCCCCGACUCCUAAAGUCCAUAUGGGAGCAUGCUUCUCAAAGGUGUUCAACGGCUGCCCUCUGAAAAUCCACUGCGCUGGAUCCUGGAUAAAUCCGGACACGAGGGAUGAGUAUUUGCUCUUCGGCGCAGAGGAAGGGAUCUACACCCUGAACUUGAACGAGCUGCAUGAGAGCUGCAUGGAGCAGUUGUUUCCACGGCGAUGCACAUGGCUGUAUGUUAUGAACAACUGUCUGUUGUCCAUAUCUGGCAAAGCCUCUCAGCUCUACUGCCAUAACUUGUCCGGUCUGUUUGAGCAAGCUCGGCAGAUGCAGAAGCUGCCCGUUGCCAUACCAACGCAUAAAAUCCCAGACAAAAUCAUUCCAAGGAAAUUUACCGUGUCCAACAAGAUUCCAGACACGAAAGGGUGCCAGAAAUGCUGUGUAGUGAGGAACCCCUACACGGGUCAUAAGUACCUGUGCGGAGCCUUCCAGUCGAGUGUGAUUCUGCUGGAGUGGGUGGAACCCAUGCAGAGGUUCAUGCUCAUCAAGAGUAUUGAGUUUACAUUGCCGUGUCCACUGGAGGUAUUUGAGAUGCUGGUGGUGCCCGACUUCCAGUACCCACUCAUCUGCCUGGCGGUCAGCAAGGGCAGCGUUCCCGACCAGGUGGUGACCUUUGGCACCAUCAACCCCAGCCUGACCACCCCCACCUUCACCGAGUCAAAUACGCCGCAGACCUGCGUCAUCCAUGUCACCCAGCUGGAGAGGGACACCAUCUUAGUCUGUCUGGACCGUUGUAUAAAGAUGGUGAAUUUAGAAGGCAGACUGAAGUCCAAUAGAAAGCUGUCAGCAGAGCUCACCUUUAACUUCCAGAUUGAGGCAAUAGUGUGUCUUCAGGACAGCGUUUUGGCUUUUUGGAGGCAUGGAAUGCAGGGUCGGAGCUUCAAGUCAAAUGAGAUCACUCAGGAGAUCUCCGACAGCACUCGCAUCUUCAGACUGCUGGGGUCUGACAGGACGGUGAUCUUGGAGAGCCGGCCCACAGACAACCCCACGGCUCACAGUAACCUGUACAUACUCGCUGGCCAUGAGAACAGCUACUGACACCCCCCCCCCCUUCGCCCCAGCCCACCUCACCAACGGGACACUCUCCGUUCUCCCCAGCCAGCCUACUGAGCCCCCCCGACUCGGCGCGAUCGGAGCUCGCAGACGACCGUUCCAGUCCGGCGGAGACCUUAACAACUCCCCGGGCCAAUGCCGCCAAAAGUAUACUCCAUAACAAAUACAGUAUAGCUACUCUGCAGCUGCCCGACUACCACUACACGCCCUGAUUUACACUAAACUGACGCUUAGGAAGACCUACACACGGCAAUGACCCGACGUCAAAACGCCAAGCUGAGCAAAGCGAACAACGACAACAAACUUAGGCACUACAGCAAAAAUGUGAAAAAUUGCACACACACUUCAGCUAGCUAGUUCAGCGGCAAAAAAUGACAACUACUCUUCCCAAGGCAUAGUACAACCAGACAUUAGCGACUGCCGUUGUGUAUAACACUCUGUGGGAUCCUAAGGGGGUUGCUUGUUUUUCGCGUAGAGUAUAUUCACUUCUUUUUUUUUUCUCUUUUUUUUUUUGUCUUUCGGCAUGCAACGCAGAAGUGCCCGCCUUAAUUGUGAUUCCCUGAGGUGGAGUCGCUGCCUCUGCCUUGGGAGAGUGCGACUCUUCUGCCACAUGAACUAAGCGGAACACUCCAAGUAAAAAAAUCGUGUCGUAAUUGUGUAGCUCUCAGAGGGACCACACUAAAAAAAAGCAUGAGUGUCGUUAACUGUAUCAUAAUACGGUGCGCGUGCAUAUAUGAACACACGUUUGAAAAACAGAACAAACAAAAAAAAAAAUCUUAAAAAAAUAUAAAUAACUAGCUGGUGUGAUAGCGUAGUCCUGGAGGUACAAAACCCCCCCGAAAAAGAACUAGCUGUUUCUAACUAGUGUAAUCUUUUACGUGGUAGCUCACUAAAGCAUGGUUGUCGUAACAUUGUAGUUCACGCUGAGAGGAAGUGAACCGGUGGCAGGUGGAGACUUUUGAGACUUUUUUUCUGACCCUGCUGUUCUGAAGGUCUGGCAAGGGUGGAGACGGCUACGGGUGUCUCUGUUUUCACGUCCGUAUGUCGGAGCCCUGGUCCUGACACAGUCGCAGUUGGUUACACAGGGCGUGGUUGUAACUGUUUACUGAUGCUGUUAACAUUCAUAGAAGCGAUGGACGCCUGGUGUCACAACAUGUCCUCAGUGAUCCUGUCAUGUUUGUCUUUCCCCAUUGAAAAAAGUUCUGUUUCGUUUUGUCGUUAGAUGCACAAACUACAGUGGAGUACCCCUAAUUUAUCUUAUAUAGUAAGAAAGAAAAGUCACCUUGAGACAUCUUUUAAGGCAGUUUAAUUGUCAGUCAGAGGUCUCGAUUUGCUUUUAUACUUUAUUCAAAUUUUUACUUUCACUUUCAUUUUUUUAUUAACCGAAAGCCAUUUGUCACCUUGUCUGUGUUUUUAAUGCUUGUUUAAUCACUGGUGUUAAAAAUUUGCACAAAAAAGGUUUCUUUGAAAUGUGCGCAUGUUGGUGUGUCUGUCUGUUUGUGUGUGUGGAUGUGUGUGUGUGUGUGUGUGUGUGUGUGUGUGUGUGUGUGUGUGUGUGUGUGUGUGUGUGUGUGUGUGUGUGUACACCUAUAUGCAACACUUGCAGACAUACUGUACUCAAGUAUGCAUCUCCUCACAUUGUGCGUAUGAAUACUCUCACCAGUUCCAUGAGGUCAUCAGAAAGCUGUGACGAGGAAGCUAGUUGUUCACAUUUCUGUUACUGAAAAAUAAACUAUGACAGCGAAGGUGACUUUAGUUAGCUUUCGUCAUGGUUAAUGAUUCACUUUACACUUAAUACAAAUCAGCAUCUUUAGCCAAAAUGCUGUUUAACUUAUUUCAAUGCAUUAUCCAACCAUGUAAAACACUAAAGCAUUCCUUUGAAAUCAGUAGCUUGAGAAUAUAAAUAUUACAUUAAGGUGUAAUGCCAAACUCUAUCCAUUCGAUUCAUGGCCAAAAUUUCCUGGGUGUCGCUACCUCGUGUGGAAAACAAAGAGUGAAAUAGGCGUUGAUUUGAGUCGAUGAGAUUAAUAUCGCUCUGGAUGUCCACCAUCAGAUGUUCAAUAAUUGUGAUCAAAGUAGAUCAAACUACAUCACCACAUUUAACCGUUUUAUAUUGCAAUGCAUAUGACCUUGUACAUAGUGUAAGAUAUAAAUCAGUUUUACAGACUGUAUAAUUGCCUCUAUUUUGUUUCCAAUGUGAAACAGAUUUAUGAAACAAACCUAACUCAUUAAAAGACAGAAGUGAAA